GUCAUUAAUUUUAUUUGAGAAAAUGAUGCAAAUUUGACAUUGUACAAAAUUUACAUUGUGCAACAAAGCGAUGUCACACUUAUCUGCGUCGAAAAAUGCGAUAUGUACGGUUUGCGACCCGGUAAAAUUCAACUAAAGGGCGAAAAGACGUGUUGGCGAUUCGUUGGGCGCCGCGCCUUGCACCAGAUCAAAGUUUUUUGUGGUGUGCGGUGUUUUUAGUCCGUUCCGGUUUGUGUUGAAUUAGAUGAGUUAGGUUUUUCCUAGUAAAAAUCGCCUAAUAAUAAAAUUAAAUAAAAAUACAUGUCGGUUUGAAUCAUUCCUGAAUGAUCAGAGUUGAAAGUUCCGGUAGAAAUGAUCCCACAAAAAAACCGUGAGUCUCACGAAUUAUUUUUGUUUACAUUUUAACCGUUCGGGAUAUCGAUUAUUGUGCGGGAACCGAUCAAAAACGUACGGUUUUUCUUAAAUAAAUGUCCAAUUCGUCGCAUGUUCGAUGUACAACUCGUAAAUCUAUCUUAGAAUGGAUAGCAUAAGGUUUUAUUUAGAAAAUUGGUAUGUAAUUCCUAAGGCAAUCUUUCGGUUGUGUUUUAUAUUAGUAAAUAACGCAUAUUGCAUUCCUACAUACGUAAUAUGGAUGAUUAUGUUGUCUCCUAUACGGAGAUUCAAUCCAGAUACUUUUUGGAGAAUAGAAGGAUACUUUUUUCAUUGGUUGCUUGCCAUGGUUUCGAUGUGGAGUUGGUCAGCAGGAUACGAUGUUGUAGAAGUAGGUGACGAUAUAUCACAUUGCAUAGAUGAUAGGACUUUAGUGAUAGCAAACCAUCAAUCGACAGCUGAUGUGCCCUUUUUGAUGGCGUGUUUUAACACACGUAAGAACGUCCUGCCAAAUUUAAUGUGGAUUAUGGACCGGUUGUUUAAAUUUACAAAUUUUGGAAUAGUCAGUGUUAUCCAUCAGGAUUUCUUCAUUAUGUCGGGUAAAGAAAAUCGUGAAAAAUCAAUACAAUCAUUAGUACAACAUUUACUCGAAUCCUACAUCCCAAGAAAACGAAAGUGGAUGGUUUUAUUUCCAGAGGGUGGGUUCCUUAGGAAACGAAGGGCAGUUUCACAACGUUACGCAGAAAAGAAUAACCUCCCAGUGCUCAAUCACGUCUCGCUUCCAAGGGUUGGUGCUUUAAAGGCGAUCAUGAAUACCGUCGGGCCUUUACCCAACAAUAACAGCUCAUUAGAUAUUCCAAAUGGGUUACCAAAACCGAAUGAACGACUUACUUGGGUAUUAGACAUCACAGUAGCGUAUCCAAAUGGGGAACCUCUUGAUUUAGGGCAGAUAAUUUUUGGUUAUAGGCCGCCAUGUAAAACGACGAUUUUUUACAGAGUAUACGAGUGUAAAGACGUGCCUCAGGAUGAAGAAGCGCAAACGCGAUGGUUAUACAACUUAUUUGAAGAAAAAGAACGGUUAUUGGACAUGUUUUAUAAGACGGGAAAAUUUCCAAUUAGCGAAUAUUGUAAAAAUCCGGCACAACCUCACGUUGUGGCUCAAGAUUGUCUUCGAUAUCUCAUUUUACACUUAUUUUUUAUCACGUCCACAUAUGUACACAUUCAAAUGUUCAUGGCGGUUUAUGAAUAUUGUAACUAUUUGAUGUAUUAACGUACGACACUCGCUUACUUGGUUUAUUUGAUUAAAAUAUACAUGUAGACCAAGUCAGCGAGAAUUUAGGGGGAUUUAAUUAUUAUUUUAAAAAAGAAAUUCUAAGAAAAAAUACAGAAAGAAAUAAGUGAACUAAUAAUUAUUGAAGUUUCCUCACUUGUAGGGUAGAAUUUGUACCAUUUAAACAGUUGUAUUUUUGGCGAUUUUUUCAACUCCUACUAAUCAAGGAAUUUAACGAUUACAAAAAAAACUAAUUACUAAAUAAAUAAGAAAAAAGAGAAACAUUAAUUAAUUGGAAAAAAAACUUUACUCUUGUAUAUAAAUGAUAACGAUGUAUAAAGAUUAAUAAAAACAAUGUUUGAAAUCGAAAAAAAAGAAAGAAUUAAAAAAAACGUCCAUGGUUGUGUUUUUAAAGUAGCUAAAGAAAAAUUUAAUGGAGAUUUAGUAAUUUAUUUAGUCAAUUUACAUCUUUGCCCAAAAAACACCUUAAUUUAUUACAAUAAUUAUGCUACUGUGAUUUAGAAUUUAUAAAACGGUGAAAAUAUCCCAAAUGAACCAAGAUUUUAUUUUUAUUUUAAUUUUUGUUUAUCUCAAUCUUUUUCUUUUCUUAUUUACAUUUCUUAGUCUUCUCAAAUAAUACAUGUAUAUCUAUGAUGUGUGUAAUAAACAAAAAAUAUUUAAAAUAAAGAACAAAAAGAUUAAAUUGUUAAAAAAAAAUGUGAAGAAAAAAGAUAAUAAAUUACGUGUUUUAUAUCUCGACGUAGAAACUAAUCCAACACAAAUCUUUUACUGUGUCACCUCACUUUAUUAAAAGAAAUUAAUGACUUUUUACACCGAUUUUUUUCUUUGUUUUUUGGACGGUAAGUGAUUACAGUAAUUUUUAUGGCUGCCAGCACAUCACACGAUAAUUUGUCGCCCAUAUUUUCUAAUUAUUAAUUAUUAAAUCUUAAGAAAGGUUUAUUAAUUCCGAAUUGUUGUACAAAAUGAUGUAAAAUUCCAAAUUGCAAAAAUAAAAAUCAUUGUUUUGAAAUA